AGGCCUGGCAGAGUUUGACGGUUCUUGAAGAUUCAAUUAAUUUGAGUCAGUUAUGUAAAGAGCAUAAUGAUGGAUGAAACUACUGACUGUAUGAAGAUGGAUGCUGGGGACUAUAUGCAAGCUAAUCAUACUUCUGUGUUCAAGACUUUUCCUGAGCAACAGAAUUUUAUUUCAGGCAACCAGCAUCCAUUGUCUGACAACAAGUUUUUAUCAAACAAGUUUAACAGCUUCGCCGAACCGUCCACUUCUCUAACGGGAAAUACUUGUAGUUUCAAUUACUAUCCAGAAUCCCCAAGCUUUGAGAGCUGCCCAGCAACUGGAGUAAGAAGAACAUUUGGAACAAGUCCCAAUGGUCAGUGGAAGAGUUGCAGCUCCCCUCUUGGCUCUGUUUCACAGAAGCCCAGAGUAAGUCGCAGUGUAUAUUUUGAAACACGCAAAAAUCCAAGUAUGGCUGCAAAUUCCUUUGUUGGAAAAUCAAACCACCACAGUCACAUUUCUACCUAUGAAAAAUCCUUUCCAAUUAAGUCUGUCGCUAAUCCAUCAUGUCGUCGGAGCUUACUAAGUCCCAAGAAGUCUCAGAGAAGAUUCGUCAGUACUGUAGAAGAGGUAGUUCGGGAAGAAGAGAAAGAAAUAUACAGGCAGUUGAUUCAAAUGGUUACAGGGAAAAAUCUGUCAGCUUCCAAAGCCUCUUCAUUAUUGUCUCUUCAUCUGCCCAGGUGUGCAGGUUCCAAUAAAAAAAAUGUGAAAGAAACUGAAAACAAAUGUAUGAAACCUUUUGAUGUUUGUGGUCCCUCUCUGGACAACCAGUCAUCCAGUCUUCUCAGGAUACAGGAGCAGCAUUCUCACAAACCACUGCCACAACCAGUUUGUAGUUUUACUUCCCCUGUUAACUUUGAUCUCAAGACCAGUACACCCAUACAACAAACUAAUCUAGUAGCAUUGGAUGUGCAGACUGAAGGAUGUGAUUCAGUCAUAAUGUUAAAUGGCAAAGACUUCAGAUCUCCAGCUCCAAGUAUACCUUUCUUUGAAGCUGAAUUGUGGAUAAAAGAAUUAACCAGUGUAUAUGACUCCCGAGCCCGUGAGAGAUUGCGACAUAUAGAGGAGCAGAAAGCCUUGGCAUUGCAGUUACAGAAUCAGAGACUGCAGAAAGAGACCUCAGUACCUGAGUCAAUAAAUUUACAUCUUCGAGUUCCUCUUGAAAAGGAAAUUCCUGUUACCAUUGUUCCAGAGGAUAAUAAGAUAGUGGAAAGUGAAGAUGAAUUUCCUGAAAUUACAGAGGAAAUGGAGAAAGAAAUAAAAAAUGUAUUACGAAGUGGAAACCAGGACGAAGUGUUGAGUGAAGCCUUCCGGUUAACCAUCACUCGGAAAGACAUUCAGACUCUUAAGCACCUCAACUGGCUCAAUGAUGAGAUUAUUAAUUUCUACAUGAGUAUGCUGAUGGAGAGGAGUAAACAAAAAGGCUUUCCAACUGUUCAUGCAUUUAACACAUUUUUCUUCACCAAGUUAAAAACUGCUGGGUAUCCAGCUGUAAAACGUUGGACUAAAAAAGUAGAUAUAUUUUCUGUGGACACUUUAUUGGUUCCUAUUCACCUUGGUGUCCAUUGGUGCCUAGCAGUUACUGACUUCAGGAAAAAAACCAUCACCUACUACGAUUCAAUGGGUGGAUCCAACAGUGAAGCUUGUAAGAUACUCUUGCAGUACUUAAAACAGGAAAGUCUGGAUAAAAAGCGCAAGGAAUUUGAUACCAAUGGCUGGAUGCUCCUGUGUAAAAGAAGCCAGGAGAUCCCACAACAAAUGAAUGGCAGUGAUUGUGGAAUGUUUGCCUGUAAAUAUGCUGACUGCAUUACCAAAGACAAACCAAUUAACUUUACUCAACAACACAUGCCUUACUUCCGGAAACGAAUGGUCUGGGAGAUCCUCCAUCGUAAGCUGCUGUGAUUUCAUGCCAAGUAAGACUCUUCAGAGACUGAAAACCCCAGGUUUCCUCUUCUUGGCCAUCUCCAAAUGGACUGCAUGGGUUUCUCCACUGACAAGACUAUGUACAUUACACUUGGUGUCUUUAAAAAGAAAAUACACCUAUUUCUUGGACCAGUGUGCCAUGCGGCCUUUUUGAAGCACACAUUUUCUUUUGUAUUUUGAAACUCUUAUUUUUUACAAGGGACAUUUGAGACUUGGAGGAAUGCAGCUUUUUAUCUUCAAGAAGAUUUCUGCCUCUCUUAAUAAAAUGGCCGGCUUCUGCAAAGGACUUGAGACCUGCCAGUGUUCAGCUCUAGGCCUUGGUGCAGGGAAGCACUUGCAAUCUUUUCUUGGAUCUGUCAGGAUCUAGAGAAGACUCAAUGUCAUAGUACUAAGUAGUUGUGGGUUCUCCAUAUUACUGUUGCUGCAGCUAAAUUAUCUGAUGUAAAACAUGCAGGGAUGUGUUUUGGGGAAUCUAUUUGGCCCAGGUUUUUCAGACAUAUGUGCAUGUUUAUGUGUUUUCUGCUUCUUAUAAUCUGUUAAUAACAUGGGUGAUUCCCACAGCAGUUGCAACAACUUAGAUUCCCUUUUAUUCUUAAACUAUUAAAGAGAAAUGGCAUUCUUUAAGAAUGGAAGGCGAAUAGUCACCAGCACAUGAAAAGUAACCACUUGCUCUGUUUUCCACCAUGGCAGUGACCUUUUGGAUUCUACAGUAGAGUUGCCCAGUGGAAAAUUAACAAUCCUUUAUGUUGACAUUCAGUGUUUAUUUUGUCACAGUAAAUGAGUCAUCCUCUGAUUAUUGAGAGAUUAUGAGGAUUAUGAGUUACCCUCUGAUAAUUCAGGACUAAGCAUUUAUCCUAAAGACACGCAAGGAUUUGUGGGAAGAGGCAUUGUGCACCGAAAGUCCUUAUUCUUCACUGUCCCCUCCCCAAGCCUGCCGUGGUGGGUUUUGAAUCUGAGAAAGAAAAGUCAGACACCUUUGUGGCCUACAUCACUGCAUUCAGAUGACUGGGAUUAUUAUUGAAAGCCAGCAUUUUUUUUCUUAACCAUAUUCUUGCAAUGCGAUCUGGAGCUUAGUUUCAUGAAAAACUAAAAUUUUGAAGAGUUGGUGCAUUACAUUUUCAAUAAAAGUAGGAUUUAUAGCAAACUAAGCAGCUGUAAUGUCAGUGGGUGUUCAUUUGACAGGAUUAAAUAGUUCAUCUUUCAGCUCUUUGUAGAAUUAAGGUACAAUAUAACUUGUUUUAAGACUUUAAUUAUUGGUAAACAGUUUUUAUACUACAAAUAUAUAAAUAUAUAUAUAUAUAUUUAUAUGCCUUUCCCAAUGACUGCCAAUGAACAAAUAUAUAUAUAUAUAUAUGAGGUUUGCAGCUUUUUUUUCUCUCUUUAAAAAGCUGAAUUGAAAAGUUGCUUUUUUACUCAUAUGCUCCUCCCUCCUGUUUUUGUUGUUAACAGCAAUUAAUGAAUUGAAGAAUGCUCUAAAGAGUCUUUUUUUUUUCCAUAAUCCUAUUUUUGCUUUGGAUUACAACUUCCAUCAGCCUCCUCCGAUCCAGUUAAUGGAAAUUGAGAAAAAUAUAUUGUACAUGGGCACUAGAUAGGGGAAAACUGAUACUGAAUCUGUCCAGCUUUUGUAUGAAACCAGUAAGAAAGAGAUCCUGCUGGCAUAGGCUUUUAUCUCUCAAGGGGCAAAUUUUUCACAGGGCCCAUGACACCCUGUUUAACAUUGAUGGAAUCAUUGUCUUUUGUCCAAUAUGAGAGAAUAUUGCCUUUUCAGAUCAUACUGAAGACUAUCUUCAGUCCACCACCAACAAUUUCGGUAUAGCCAAUCUUGCAUUUGUUUCAGUGGAAUCCAUAUUUAAAUGGAAAUUUUAUAUAGCAGCUGGAUUGGUCUCUGUUUCUGCCAUCAGCCAGCAGAAAUGGAAUGCAGCACGCAGAAAGGAUUCAGGCUUGGAUUUAAGUUCGCAUGUCACACAUACCUCUUGAUGUAUCUUUUUUUAAAAAUAAUAAUUCUAAAGUAAAUGUCCUCUUGUAUUUCUGCCAUCAAACAGGGAACAUUUUAUAUAUUCUAUAUGUGGAAACAAUAGUUUUGUACAAAUUUCCAUUAGCCUUCUUAGACAGGUUUGUACCUUUUUUGAUGUCUCGUAUUUUUUUAUACCAGUCUCCGGUCCCCUUUUUUAUGUUUUUUCUUCAUAAUCUAAUUUUAUUUUGUAAUGUGUUAUUCUUAAAUAAAUCCAGCCAUU